AUGGAGGCUGUCCCCCAGGCCCUGGAGGUCGAUGAGAAGUCCCCGGAGUCCAAAGACCUCCUGCCCAGCCAGACAGCCAGCUCGCUGUGCAUCAGCUCCCGGAGUGGCUCCGUGUGGACCGCCGCCCCCCGCAGUAACUGGGAGAUCUACCGCAAGCCCAUCGUCAUCAUGUCCGUGGGUGGUGCCAUCCUGCUCUUCGGUGUGGUCAUCACCUGCCUGGCCUACACCCUGUCUCUGGGGGACAAGAGCAUGGCGGUCCUCAAGAUGACAGGGCCCGCCUUCCUGUCUCUGGGACUCAUGAUGCUGGUGUGUGGGCUCGUGUGGGUGCCCAUCAUCAAGAAGAAGCACAAGCAGCGGCAGAAGUCAGUCUUCUUCCAGAGCCUCAAGUCCUUCUUCCUGAAUCGCUGA